UGGCAAUAUCUUAUGUAGUUUUCAUGCUCAUGGACUCGAAACUCACACGACGACACAGAAGAAGAUGGGAGGGGAGAAACACCAAGUUCUUCACCGACAAGUCCGCUUUGCAUUUCCCUAUACACUCGCGUUUGUUCGUGGUUCGAUGUGUGUGAGGUAGGUUAGUGAAUCGGCGAGCGUUAUCUUGAUGCACAGAACGUGCAGACGGUCAGUAUAUACCUACAUGUGUACAUUAUAAGCGAAAUGAAUAAACCCAGUUAAAAAAUAACACUUGCGAAUUAUAAUAUAAUUUUAAAGCUGUUUAAAUAAAAACGAUAUUCAAUUAAAAAAAUUUAUAUAAUUUCUAAUAGAGUUUACGUUGUUUCUAAACAAUUAAUGUUUGUGUGACUAUGGUGUGUACUUUAUUUAUUUUAAAAUAAAAAAAUUAAUUUUUUUAUUAAAAAUAAACGUAUGAAUUUUAAUUGGAUAAUCAGUUUCGGUGGCAGUGUAAACAGAGUGCAUGAAGUGCCCAAAACGUAUCAGUGUUUAUCUGGCUGACACAUGGCAUCAAAAAUUGGAUAAUAAUAUUUUGCGAAAAAUAUUUAACCAAAAGUAUUAAUUUAAUAAAUUGGUAAAACAGGAAUCUUUCAAUAUCACUAGAUACUAUCGAUGCAAUCGUACAAUUGCAGGGCAAAAAAAGAAAGUAUAAGACAGAAAAAUAAUUUUUAAAAGAGCCAGAUCUGGCAACAGCAGCUACGGCAGGAAAGAGAUCCAAGUUGCAAGUAAUAAGGCGACGACGAAGAAGAAAAGGUUGCUUAAAAACUGUUGGAAAAUCGACUCACGUUAUCAAAUGUACAAGCGAGUUGCGCGCGGGAGUGAGAAAGUAACUAAUAUAGUUGAAAGCAUCAACACACACAUUCAUAAAAGAUAUUAUCUUUAACGCAUUUAUAUACCAUUAAUGAACCUCAAAAAUAUCUGUCACUUUCUCCUCCCGCGCCACCACUGGCCGAUUAUAAAUCUCUCAACUCGGUCAGCAAAAUUGAAAUCUGUGACCAGAUCGAAAGACAGACAUUUUAGAAAAUCACGGUCGUGAUUAGACUUUUCUUCUCAAUACAAAAACAAAUGAAAAUAUAAAAGUAACAUCGUUACGUAGGUUACUGAUUAUAGAAAAUAGAAAAAGAGAGAAACAGAAAAGUAAUACUUCGAUUAAUUUCAAGACGGAUACAAUAAAAUAUUGGUUGCAUGCGCAUCCCGCACAGGGGCCAUACCUAUACUCUAAGAUGUGAUUUUGAAAAUGGCGGAUUGUCCCUAUGCUCGCUGCAUACAGGAACGCAGACAUAUUCGAAGAGAGUUGCUGCGAUGGACAAAGAAUAUGGUUUUCGUAGUCGGUCUGGAACGAGUAGCAGAAGAGUUGAUGGGCCGUAGGAGAUGGAAGCAGUAUCAGGAUACCCUGUACAGCAGCACUCGGAGCGAAUCAGCUACGCAGCCACAUCAUCGGCUCUAUCCGACGUUUUCAACCGUUGGCGACUCAAGUACUGGGAGUUUGAACCAGGUGAGCCAUCAUCGAACAUCAUUAGGCCCAAGCCCAACGGCAACGACGACACCAGAAUCAAUAGUUACAAAGCAACAACUGACCGAUCACAAGAACGACGAACAUCAGCUUUGUUCAAAAUCCGAAGACAUAAAGGUCAAGGUCGAAGCGGCAGUAGACAAAAACGGUAUUUUCCCAGAGUCUUUGCAACAUGGAGAAGUUCUUGUCAGUUUAAAACAGCAUUCAAAUCAACGAUUAGACGACGAAAGCAACGGGAAGAAAAACAACGAGAACGAUUCAGAGAGUGUGGACAUAAAACUCAAUCUCGAAGACGAAAAGGUCAAAACGCCUGUCAGUCCUUUACGAGAAAACAACAAGGGUGCAAAAGACGAGCCUACAGAUACGAAAGAAACGAAGGAACAGACGGAAAGUUUAUCGAAUCAAAUACAAGUAACACCGUGUCUAUUGCGGGUAAAGAAAGAAGAAGAGCUACAGGAAUUACCGCUACAGGUGAACUGUGGAGAAACAAUCAGAAGCGUCACAGAUUCAGAAAUAAACAAAUUAGUAACAACAGCAGAAAGUACAGAAGAACAACAAACAUCUAUAGGUUGUCCUCCAUUACUUUUCCAUCGGCAUACAAGUCCACCACCAGAGGACUGGAAACCUCUAGAUAAGUGUUGUUUGUGUCUCGAUGGAAAAUUACUUCACGAAGACCAACCACCUCUUAGUCCUCAAAGCGAAAGCAGCGGUAGUUCGAGAUCUGCAGAGUCACCCAUGUCUGUGCAAGUCGACCCGAUGGCAGCCUCCGUGGUUGCAGCUGCACUCAGCGGAACAUACCCGACCUUAUUGCCACAGUGGUGUCUACCACCUAGAGAAACACCCCUUAUGGUUGUACAGUCACUUCAAGAAACCGGCCAGUUAUCCGAUCAACCACUCGAUCUCUCAGCGAAACCGAAAAGUUCUCAGGAAAAUAAUAUAUCUGUGUUAGAACAACAAAAAAUACCUCUGAGAAUGCCGACAGGGUUGGAUCCUAAAAGCAUAUUUGCUUCAUCUUUCCGCGCCAAGCCGAGAUUGACAGGUCCAGUUGGAGUUGGCGGUGUGCCGGUGGUAGGUAGUGGAAGAAGAACUUAUACAGAAGAAGAGUUACAAGCUGCACUUAGGGAUAUCCAAAGUGGAAAACUUGGAACAAGAAGGGCAGCCGUGAUCUAUGGAAUACCUAGAAGCACCCUACGUAAUAAGGUCUACAAGCUUGCAAUGGAACGUGAAAGAGAUGCGUCUCUGACUAGCACCCACUCACACACCCACGAGUCUGGUGUUUCAGCAUCAACCAAUACAACUACCAUAUUAACAACAACAACAAUAACUACAACAACAGCAACAACACCAUCUACACCAAAUACGACCCAAAAUGCCUCCGCAAUUACUCCGUCCUCGCCAAUGGAUGAGACGGAUGAUAAAGAACUCUCCGGUGCUGAAGAAGAAAAGGAAGUAGAGAAAGCUCUGCUGAAACCUUUACUUUCACUAGAGGAUCUCGUAAGAUUUUCCGCUUUAGAAUCAGGAAGUGGAGAAUCGCUAAGAACUCUGCUUCAACGUGGACAGGAAUCAGGUACGGAAUGGCCAGGUUUCGAGCAUCCCAACAUCGGCCCAUACAUUCAAAAAAUGCUAGCGGCAGCGGCUCCAUUCAAAGAUUUGGAGUCUCAAGACUACAAAAUACCUGAAGCUAUGAAACGGCUUAUGAGUGAAGACAAGAGAAUACAUAACAAUAUUAAUGGAGAUCAAAAUCAACAACAGCUGAUUCAUCAAUUUCACCAGUCAUCGCAAGUGUCGCAGCAAGCUCAACAGCAAAAACUACCCAUGACGAAUAAUGAUUUCAAUCCAAGUAUUGAAGAAGAAGCAAGUGACAGUGCUCAAGGUAGAGCUAUAUUGAAGAUUCCGUCCUACAAGCCAGCAGGCACACCAGGUUCGAGCAAAAAUAAUGGAGAACCAUCAUCAACUGCAUUUGCCCAAGGUUUCGCAGCGGUUUCUAGUACUGCAACGAGCCCUGGUCUUAUAGAACGCGCAAGUCCAGCUUUCUCAGGAACAAGUAGUCCCACGAAUUCUCUUGUCGGUAAGGCAGUAGGCGUCAAUUUUCGUGACGUUAUAGCAAAGAGCAUCAGCUCUAAGUUUCAAGAUGGACAAUCUAAUUUGACUGGUCAACCGUCAGUUCCGGGCCAAACAGCUGCAAUACUCAGUGAGUCAAAUCCAUAUAAAAGAGGACGAUAUACGCCACCUCAGCAACUACAAUCUCAGCAACAAUCACAAAUACAGCAACAAAAGCUUCAAUCGCAAGACAGUAAAUCAAAACCAAGUUCUGGUGGCAAGGGUACUCGACCCAAAAGAGGCAAAUAUAGAAAUUAUGACAGGGAUAGUCUUGUUGAAGCUGUUAGAGCUGUACAGAGAGGAGAAAUGAGUGUUCACAGAGCAGGAAGUUACUACGGAGUACCACAUUCCACUUUAGAAUAUAAAGUUAAAGAAAGACAUCUUAUGAGACCACGAAAGAGAGACCAAAAACCUCAGGAUGAAAAAGCUAAGGAAUCUACCACUACCACUGCGGCUGUACGACCUGGUUCUCAGGAUAAGAAACCUCCUUUGAAAACGCAAAAAACUUUUGCGACUGGUCCAGGCAGUAUAUCAGGUCCAAACGGCCUUAAAAUACCACCAUUUUUAGAAAAUAUGCCGCAUUUGCCCUUUCCACAUCCUUUCAACUUCUGGGGCCCACCGCCAUUUAUGUCUUCGCCCUUCAUUCCUGGUGCAUCCAAUGUACCGACAAUUCUCCCAGAGCAGUACUUUGCGACACAAAGAAUACGAGGCUUACAAGAACAGCAGAGAAGUGCAAUAGUACCACAACAAAGAGAUAAAGAUACUACAGGUGCUGAAUCAGAACCAGGAACAUCUAAUUCUCGAGGCUCAUCAAUAGUAAAGACGACCAGAGAAAUGGCUGAAAGUCUUUACGACGGAAGUGGUGCAAACGGAAGUUUUUUAGACAAUCUGAUUAGGUCAAGUCUCGAAACUGGUAUUCCAAGAGAGCAACGAUUAAGUACAGAAGGACGAGGUCAAUCGUCAACGCCGGUGGGACAUUAUCAUCCUGAAGUAAUCGGUAGCAAAGCUUUAUUAGAUCAACUUUGUCGGAACCCUAGAAGAACGCCGCUACCUAGAGGAACGCAGGAUAGUAGUGAAGAUGAAAGUUAUAGAGGAGCAUCCACGAAAUCAUUGCCAGAGAGACCCGAAAGAGUUCCUACAGUUGAUCUGAGCCCUUCGCCCGACGGGACGAAAAUCGACGAUCAAGCCAACGACCGCGUCACUUCCCCACCGACCCCGUCGAGGGUCACAAGAGCCGGUAGUCGAGACGAAGACACUCAAGAUUCAAAAGUAGAUAAAAGCAACAGAGAACCAGAGGUUUAUAAUGGUGGUCAAGAUGACCGAGAACCGAGUAAAACAGUUAGUUUACAGCAACAACAGCUGAAUAAUUACUCGGAUAUCCAUAACCUCUAUCCCGUAUCAACCGACAAAAAAAGUGCCUGUGAUAGUAAGCUUAAAAUAGAUCAUUCGAACCAGAAAACUCAACAUUCCUAUUCGCAUCAAAAGGAUUUUGCAAAUGUAAGCGGACUAGUGCAAUUGCAAAAAGAGUAUAAUACCGGUGCGAAUAGUAGAUCAACUGACGGAAAUCAACAAACAAAUUCUCAGCCGGCAACCCAGGAGCCUUGCAACCCUGUACUGAGUAUGGAAGACUCUAUAGAGCAGUAAAUAAAAAAAUCAGUUAAAUGGUCUUGGCGAAGAGCUCUUCAGGUCACAGACAAGGCCCCAAGUGCAAUCGAUAAUAAUCUAACUAUCGUGAUUAAUAUUUUAAAUAAUUGAAUUAUUUCAAAAUUGUUGAAUAAUUUAAAUUUCCUUAAUCUACCCACCGCCCAUCUUAAAUAUUAUUUUAUAAUUACUUUCUCUGUAUUAAACGGAGUGAUAUAUGUUAUGUAAGUUUUGAUUCGUUUGUAAAAUUUGCUUACGUACCACAUAAUAUGUGAGUGAUAUCGAAGCGACAUUCGAAUUUAGUGUUUUUAUACAUGUAUAUGCAGGUAGUUAAAAGUGUGUGAAGCGGUAUUUUUUAUAUUCUAUAUGGAUUUACAGUUAUUAUUCAAGGGAAGUAAAGAAUAAAGAGAUAAUUAAAUGAGAAGAAACGAGUAGUGACGUCAAGUUAUCUAUACGAUUAAUGUUGGUGUUAUUUUAUAAUUAUGCAUAGCAAUUUUUUUGAUAAUUCACGUCAUUAAUUAUUAUUAUCUAACACGAAUUUUUAUUUACUUUUUACUUACACUAAAAAUAUUAACUAUCGUUACAUACAAAAGUAACGAUAGAACACUUUUGUCAAAGUAUACAUUAACCUACAAAUUUUGCAUUAUAAUUCUUAAUCUUAUACAUAUUUAUAUGUAUAACCUGUAAACAAAUCUGAUAUAAAAGUUAUAGAAUUAUAACGACAGAUUGUUCCUAAGUUGAAAAUAUAAAUGCAAAAUAAAAUAAAAAAUAAUUUAAGAACACACUUUUCAUCUAUAGAUCCAUAAAUAUAUGCAGAAAUACAUAAAUAUUAGAUCGAAAUAAUUGCAAAUUAAUAUAUUGAUACAUUUCAUAAAAACAAAAGAAAUAAACAUUCCCAACAAUCAAAAUUUUCCAUCAUUCCAAAUUUUUCGAAAAAUUAAAGAUAUAAUACAAAUGUAAAUGUACAAAAUAAGUAAACAUCAAGAGUGAUGGAAAACAGAUUGUAAUAUAAUUUUCUUCAUUCCUAAUUGUUAUUUUUUCGUUAGCAUUUUUCUUUAUAUAAAUAAUUAUAACUACAUGGAAGAACUGCGAACGUAUACGAUUGUCAUAAAAUGUUAAUUAUAAUAUUCCAAUUAAAACUGUCAUAAAUGCUGAAAAAAUUUGUACAUAAUUUUUUAAAAUAUAUCUAAAUUAUCUUCUUAUGAGAUUCAAAAAUAACUAAAUCAGAAAUUUUAAUUAUACUUAUGGUAAAAAAGUCUUUCCACAAAAUAUUCCACGAUAAAUUACUUGUCAAUGGAUUCUUUAAAGAAACGUUUAAAUUUAUAAAUUUGAAAUUAAGACAUUGUAAUUAAAAAUUGUUUUUUAUUUUAAAUAUGUGAUAAGCCGACUCACAAAAGAUGUUCUAGUAAUCUCUUUUGUUACGGUAAAAAAUUUUAAACUAUUUUAUUUAAACCAAUUUUUUUUGUUGAUGAUUGAUUGUUAUCAAAAUGGUUGUGAGAUUAUAACUUUUUAAAUAUGUUAAUAAUGUCAAUGAAUACAUGAACGUGAUUAACGUCUUGUACAAUUUUUUAAAAAUCCACGGAUAUAUUGUAUUCACUAAGGUUAAUAUGAAAAAUUUAUAAUGUUAUUUUUUUUCAAACCGAUUGAGAAAUCAGAAUGCUGAUCCUCAAUUCUAUUGGUGAUUAAUUUAAAAAGUUGAAUGAGAAAAGUACAUAUCAGUGUCUACUUUCCUUACAAAAAAAAAAAAACAACUGGCAUUAAUUUUAAAAUUUAUCGUACCUAUAUGUAUUUUUUUUCGUCUUGUGAAUACACCUUGGUUUUAUGAAUAUUCAUGAGCCUGUAGAGCUAAAGUAUAUGAGACUGAUUUAAUAGUAACUAUUCAUAAGACAAAAAAGUAAAAAAUGAGACAAAAAGUGUUGCGUAAUUGUUCGAUAAAAAAUAAUAGCAAAAAUUGUUUUUCAUUAUUUACUUUUUGUAAUAUUAUGAAUAAAACUCGAAAUAAAUAAAAUAGAUAUCAUGCGCACUGUUUUACGUUACACAAAAUGUUUUAGUUAUCUAUUUAGUUAUUUUGUGGUAAUUAAUAAUAAGAUCUUAUGAUACUGAUAAUCAAAGUUUUAUUAAAUCAACAAUCCAAUCAAUGCCAGUUGUAAUGAUAAAAAUAUUAACAUUGAAAUACAAAACCCAAAACAAGGAACAAUAAAAAAACAUAAAAGCAAACAUGAAGAAAUGAUUUAUUAGUAUAUGAUUAUGGUAUAGCGGAAAUGUGAUAAAAAGAAAAGAAAAAAGUUAAUUAAAAAGCCGAUGUGGAAAAGUUUAAUGAAUGGAGAAACAGAAAAUUCCAACGACUUAAGAAUAUGAUAUUAAAAAAAUAAAUUUACCUACGUACUUUUAUGGUAUAUCACUAAAUAUUAAAUCCAUAUGACACGUAUAUACGUAAUACAAAAAAUAGAUAAAAAUUCUCAUAGCACUUUUUUAUAAUAUAUGAAUGAUAGUUUUUUUUAAUUGAACACACACGAUUGCAUACGCAAAUAAAUAAUUUAAAUCAUGAAAAUGUAUGAAUAUAAUGUUUGCAGUUAGGUGGGACCAAAAAUGACUUUAUAUCUUUAUGUGCAUAUCUAAGCAACGUAUAAUUUUAUUUAUUAAGCAUCCAUUCAUAACUGCUAAACAAAACAAUCCAUCACUGUCAUAUUUUGACUACGAUAAUGGAUAGUUUAGAUGUAAUGAGGAAAAUAAGUUUGUUUAUUACAAUAUUAUUUUAAAAUGUAAAGAUAAUUAUUAACUUUAUUGUCUUUAUUCAUAUUAUUAAAAUUAUUAUAAUAAAAUGAUUAUUUUAAUAAUUGUAUGAGAUACAAUUAUUAUAAAACCGAGUAGGAUUGUACGUAAUCUAUAAAUAUUAAUUAUUUUUAUCUAUCAU